GCGCCGCCUUCCCCCGCCGCCAGCGGUCGCCCGCGCCCCGCCGAGCGCCUCCCCUUGGCCGCAGCGGCCGGGAGCCGGGCGGUGGGGGGGGCGGGCGGGCGGCCUCCCUCCCGGGGCGGAGCUCGGACGCCAGCGGCGGGGGCGCGGAAAUCGAGGCCGGGGCUCCAUCGCGGCCUGCUGCUGCAGCGGGAGGAGGCGGGAGGCCCGCCCGCCGCCGCCGCCGCAGCCCCCGCCGCCGGCCUUUGUCUCCGCUGGGCUGGGUGGACGCGGCGGGGGCAGUUAGAAUGGAACACACUGAAGGCCCUAUGAGAAGAAGGGAAAGCUAAGGAUGCUGGAGCAGAACAAUGGAUUUCUCUUUCUCUUUCAUGCAAGGGAUCAUGGGAAACACAAUUCAGCAACCACCUCAACUCAUUGACUCCGCCAACAUCCGCCAAGAGGACGCCUUCGAUGGCAGCAGCGACAUUGCCGAAGAUGCUGGGCAGACGCCCUACGAGGCGGCGCUGCAGCAGGGCUUCCCUUACCCUGCACCCGCAGCCGAGGAGCUCCCCCCCCUCACCAACGGCUACCCCCCGACCAUCAACAUGUACGAGCCUCAAGCCAAAUACCAGGCGUACCCCCAGUACCCCAAUGGUUCAGCCAACGGGUUCGGUACCGUCAGGAACUUCAGCCCCCCCGAGUAUUUCCAGCUGGACCACUCGAGCGCACGGCCGCACGAUGCGGUGGAGAAACCUUCUCCUCCACAGCCACCGCCUCCACCACCACCACCACCACCACCACCUUCGGUCCCAGCGGCGGUGAUUCCAAAGAAGACUGGCUCACCAGAGAUCAAACUAAAAAUAACCAAAACUAUCCAGAACGGCAGGGAAUUGUUUGAGUCCUCUCUCUGUGGGGACCUUUUAAAUGAAGUACAAGCGAGUGAGUAUGCUAAGGCGAAACAUGAAGGGAGGAAAGAGAAAAGGAAAAAGAGUAGCAAGCAUGACUCUUCCCGCUCGGAAGAGCGCAAGUCACACAAAAUCCCCAAGUUAGAACCAGAGGAGCAAAAUAGACCAAAUGAGAGGCUUAGCAUGCUGCCAGAAAGACCCAGAGAAGAUGCAGUGUUGGAGGAGACCCCGGUCCAGCAGUUCUUACCUUCUCUUCCAACACAAGGCCCCCAUGACAUCAAGUUUCAGGUUGGCGAUCUGGUUUGGUCCAAGGUGGGAACAUACCCGUGGUGGCCUUGCAUGGUUUCGUGUGAUCCGCAGCUCGAUGUUCAUACCAAAAUCAAUACAAGAGGUGCCCGGGAAUACCACGUCCAGUUCUUCAGCAACCAGCCAGAGCGGGCGUGGGUGCACGAGAAGCGGGUUCGGGAGUACAAAGGCCACAAGCAGUAUGAGCAGUUACUGGCUGAGGCUGCUAAACAGGCCAGCAACCACUCCGAGAAGCAGAAGAUUCGCAAACCAAGGCCGCAAAGGGAGCGUGCUCAGUGGGAUAUUGGGAUUGCCCAUGCUGAGAAAGCCUUGAAAAUGACUCGGGAAGAAAGGAUAGAACAAUACACCUUCAUUUAUAUAGACAAAGAGCCAGAGGAGGCUUUGUCAAAAGCCAAAAAGACUGCUGCUGCUAAAUCAGAGACCAAGAAGAACCGGCGACCCAAGCCAGCGCUGAGCACCCAGCCUGACCCUGCCACUGGGGCAGCAGCAUCGCCUUCGAGCGCUGAGGGACGGAGGCAAAGCCAGCGGAGGCAGUCGAGCGUGGAGGAAGAGGAGGCUCCUCCAGUGAAAAUCGCCUGGAAAACGGCUGCAGCCAGGAAAUCCUUACCAGCUUCCAUCACCAUGCACAACCUGGACCUCCAAAAGUGUAACAUGUCUCCAGUUGUUAAAAUUGAACAGGUUUUUGCCCUUCAGAAUGCUGCUGGGGAUGGAAAGCUCAUCGAUCAGUUUGUUUAUUCCACUAAGGGAGUUGGGAACAAACCUGAAAUAAGUGUCAAGGGGCAAGAGAAGCUGAACUCUUCAUCAGGUCAGAGAAAUGAGAAAGCAGCGGUGCAGAGCGCGUCCUCUCCCGAAACAACUUCGGGCUCCACAGGUUCUGUAGAAAAGAAGCAACAGAGAAGAUCGAUUCGAACGCGCUCAGAGUCUGAGAAAUCCACCGAAGUUGUGCCAAAGAAGAAGAUCAAAAAGGAGCAGGUUGAAAUGGUUCCCCUGACAGCAGUGAAGACAGGAUUGCAGAAAGGUGCCAGCGAGAUUUCAGAUUCUUGCAAGCCUUUGAAGAAGAGGAGUCGAGCCUCAACCGACGUGGAACUGACCAGCUCUGCUUACAGGGACACGUCUGACUCCGACUCCAGGGGACUCAAUGACUUACAGGGUAGUUUUGGAAAGCGUUCGGACAGCCCCUCAGCUACUGCGGAUGCUGAUGCCUCUGAUGUGCAGUCAGUGGACUCCAGCCUGUCCAGGAGAGGGACUGGGACAAACAAAAAGGACACUGUUUGUCAGAUCUGUGAGAGCUCCGGCGAGGCUCUGGUGUCCUGCGAGGGCGAGUGUUGCAGUGUCUUCCACAUGGAAUGUCUUGGCCUGAAGUCGAUGCCUGAGGAGAAGUUCAUCUGCGCUGAGUGUAAAAAUGGAGAACACACGUGCUUCUCCUGCAAGCUCCCUGGCAAGGACGUGAAGCGCUGCUCGGUCAACACGUGUGGCAAGUUCUACCACGAGGCCUGCGUUCGGAAGUUUGCCACGGCUCUCUUUGAGUCCCGGGGCUUCCGCUGCCCGCAGCACUGCUGCACCGCCUGCUCCAUGGAUAAGGAUAUUCAUAAAGCAAGCAAAGGUCGCAUGGUGAGAUGUUUCAGAUGUCCCAUUGCCUAUCACUCAGGAGAUGGCUGUAUUGCUGCAGGAAGCUUGUUUGUGUCAUCCCACAUUCUCAUCUGUAGUAACCAUUCCAAAAGGAAUCACUCCUCAUCAGCUGUAAAUGUAGGCUUUUGUUUCGUUUGUGCAAGAGGGCUGGUAGUGCAGGAUCAUUCAGACCCCCUGUUCAGUUCAUAUGCCUAUAAGUCCCACUACCUACUGAAUGAGUCAAAUCGUGCUGAGUUGAUGAAAUUACCUAUGAUUCCUCCUCCUUCGUCAGCUUCCAAAAAGAAAUGUGAGAAAGGUGGAAAGCUGUUGUGCUGUGAGUCCUGCCCAGCUUCCUUUCACCCCGAGUGUCUCAACAUAGAAAUGCCAGAGGGAUGCUGGAAUUGCAAUGACUGUAAAGCUGGCAAGAAGCUACGGUACAAGCAGAUCGUUUGGGUCAAGCUUGGGAAUUACAGGUGGUGGCCAGCAGAGAUCUGCAAUCCCAGGUCUGUGCCUCUCAACAUACAGGGCCUCAAACAUGAUAUCGGGGACUUCCCAGUAUUUUUCUUUGGUUCACAUGACUACUAUUGGGUACACCAGGGCAGAGUUUUCCCUUAUGUUGAAGGAGAUAAAAGCUUUGCUGAGGGGCAAACUAGUAUUAACAAGACCUUCAAGAAAGCACUUGAAGAAGCAGCAAAGCGCUUCCAGGAACUGAAAGCACAAAGAGAAAGCAAAGAGGCAUUAGAAAUUGAAAGGAAUUCAAGGAAACCUCCGCCAUAUAAACACAUUAAAUCCAACAAGGUGAUAGGGAAGGUUCAGAUCCAGGUGGCUGACCUGUCGGAGAUCCCUCGCUGUAACUGCAAGCCCUCGGAUGAGAACCCCUGUGGCCUGGAAUCGGAGUGUUUGAACAGGAUGCUGCAGUACGAGUGCCAUCCCCAAGUGUGCCCUGCAGGAGAGCGGUGCCAGAACCAGUGUUUCACCAAAAGACUCUACCCUGAUGCUGAAAUCAUCAAAACUGAUCGCCGGGGAUGGGGCCUCAGGACAAAAAGGAGCAUUAAAAAGGGUGAAUUUGUGAAUGAAUACGUUGGUGAGCUGAUAGACGAGGAGGAGUGCAGACUGCGCAUCAAGCGCGCGCACGAGAACAGCGUGACCAACUUCUAUAUGUUAACUGUAACAAAGGACCGGAUCAUAGAUGCUGGCCCAAAGGGGAAUUACUCUCGGUUUAUGAACCAUAGUUGUAAUCCAAACUGUGAAACACAGAAGUGGACAGUGAACGGGGACAUUAGAGUUGGACUGUUUGCUCUUUGUGACAUUCCUGCAGGGAUGGAGUUAACCUUCAAUUACAACUUGGAUUGCCUGGGCAAUGGGAGGACCGAGUGUCACUGCGGGGCAGAGAACUGCAGUGGUUUCCUCGGGGUGCGUCCAAAGACAGCAUUUGCAACAGCAAACGAAGAGAAGGUGAAGAAUGCAAAGUUAAAGCAGAAGAAGAGGAAAAUAAAAACAGAGCAGAAGCAGAUGCAUGAAGACAACUGCUUCCAGUGUGGAGACGGGGGAGAGCUAGUCAUGUGUGACAAAAAGGACUGUCCCAAAGCAUACCACCUCCUAUGCCUUAACCUGACUCAACCCCCUUUUGGAAAGUGGGAAUGUCCGUGGCAUCAGUGCGACGUCUGUAGCAACCCUGCCGUUUCCUUCUGCGAGUUCUGCCCUCACUCCUUCUGCAAAGACCACGAGCAGGGAGCGCUGGUGCCGUCGGCGCUGGACGGCCGCCCCUGCUGCUCCGCGCACGACCCUAAGUCUCCCGUGGCCCCCGAGUACUGGAGCAAGAUCAAGUGCAAAUUGGAAGCACAGAACCCCGCUGAAGAAGCCAAGGAGUGAAUUUGGUUACAAAGAGCCAAGGGAAGGGGAGAAGAGAAGGGGGGCGGGCAGGCGAUGAACUCAAAGAGACUGCUUGGACACGUUCAGUCUUUGGCAUCGUCGUGCGCGGACUGGGAUGGGGACCAUUUCCUCCGAGCGAGCAGAAGCAGGCGGUGGUGGUUGGGUUUUUGUUGUUUGGUCUUUCUUUUAGCCUUGAAUGUGCUACAGCAGCUCUUCCUGUGGGCAACCAGAGACGUCUUGGCCUUCAGAGGAGAAACCUUUUGACAGUGCAGAGAAUAUUCCGUUUCCAA